UCACAAGUAAACUCCGCUCUCUCAGCUUCACACUCAGAGCAACAGGAGAAGAGCCACGGCCAGGACUGAGAUGGCUGACAAAGCUUACAGUGACAGUUCAAUUCUGCAGUCUGACAAGGAGAACCAGGAGUGGGGCUAUGAAGAAGGUGUUGAGUGGGGUUUGCUUUAUCCAGAAGCAAAUGGAGAAUACCAGUCUCCUAUCAACAUAAAUUCAAGAGAAGCCUUAUAUGACCCUUCAUUAUUAGAAGUACGACUAAUUCCAAACUAUGUUGUCUGCCGUGACUGUGAAGUGAUUAAUGAUGGCCAUGCAGUGCAAAUAAUGCUAAAGUCUAAAUCAGUUUUAUUAGGUGGUCCUCUUCCUCGUGGUCAUGAAUAUGAACUUCAUGAAGUUAGAUUUCAUUGGGGUAAAGAAAAUCAACGAGGUUCUGAACACACUGUUAAUUUCAAAGCAUUCCCAAUGGAGGCAAGUAUGAGAUUCCUGAUAUAG